AGAGAAAAAGCGAGAGAACCCGUAGAAGCAGAAGCGCUGGAGGUCGAAACGAACUGGUCCACGAUGUCCGCGGUGUAUCCCACUGUCCUGCUGUGUGUGUACGGCUUCUUCUCCAGCCUGCGGCCGUCGGAACCUUUCCUUACCGCUUACCUGAUGGGACCGGACAAGAACCUGACGGAGACCCAGGUUGUCAAUGAAAUUUACCCUGUAUGGACAUAUUCCUACCUCGCCCUAUUGCUCCCGGUCUUCCUGGCUACAGACUUCCUCUGCUACAAACCGGUGUUGGUACUGCAGGCCUGCAGCCUGGUACUGACCUAUGCCAUGCUCUGGAAGGCCCAGGGCAUGCUGGCCAUGCAACUGUUGGAGUUUUUCUUUGGGUUGGCCACAGCGUCAGAGGUGGCCUACUACUCCUACAUCUACAGCGUGGUGGAGCCAGAGCUCUACCAGAGGGUGACCGGUUACUGCCGCAGCGCCACUCUGUUCGGCUCGGCCGCCGGGUCGCUCCUCGGUCAGCUCCUGCUGUCGCUGGCCAAAGCGGAGCUGGUGCACCUCGUUAUCAUUACGCUGGCGUCAGCCGCCGUGGCCUUCGUCGCCCCCUGGUUCCUCCCCAUGCCCAAGAGGAGUUUGUUUUUCCACAUGAGUCCAGGAGUAGUCGAGGAACCUGCAGCUGGCUGCAGCCCUGAUAAGGCAGAGGAUUCAGAAAGCAGAGCGCCCAUGAUAUCCAGGUCAUCUGAAGCAGCAGGUGGCAGCAGUGGGCUUGUGCAGGUGUUAAGGAUGCUUUGCCAUGACUUCUUGCAGUGCUACAGGUGUCGCCCCCUGCUGGCAUGGUCGGUGUGGUGGGCCCUGGCCACAUGUGGCUACUUCCAGAUCAUCAACUACGCUCAGGCUCUGUGGGAGACGUUCUAUUCAUCCCAACACCACGAAAUCUACAACGGCUACGUAGAGACGUUGUCCACGCUGCUCGGCGCUCUGGCUGCUCUGCUGGUGGGCUGCCUCCCAGUGGACUGGACCCACUGGGGAGAACUGCUCCUGUGGGUCCUCUCCCUCCUCAUGGCCGCCUGCGUUUUCAUCAUGACCCUGCCGAAGAACAUCUGGGUGAGCUACGGCUCCUACGUCAUCUUCAGGACCAUCUACAUGCUUCUCAUCACUGUGGCAACGUACCAGAUAGCGGCCAGCCUCAGCAUGCAGAGAUACGCUCUGGUGUUUGGAGUCAACACGUUCGGAGCCCUGCUGCUCGGGACUCUGAUCACCGUGGUCGUGGUGGACUCAGCCGGACUCGGCCUUGAUGUCGUCACUCAGUUUUUCAUCUACGGAGGCUACUUCGCAGUCAUCUCGGUGGUCUUCCUCCUGGCCGGCCUCUACAGAGUCUUCUCCUCCAGGCGGACCAUGCAGGAAGUGAACGGAGAGUCCAGCCCUCCUCCAAACGGUGCCGUGACACAGUGAAUGAUUCACCUAAAUGCUUUGAAAGAACAUUGAAUCACUUUCUCGGAACAAACUGAAUGGUGCACUUUUCAUGAUGUCCUCAUAUGCUGAAGUGGGCUGGACCUGAACUUCUUGUUCCACCAAAGUAUUAAUGAUCCAAGUUUUCCUCUGAGCCCAGUAAUUUCAAGUCUGAGUGACGCAGACCUGAAAUUUAACCACAGAAGUCAGUGGGUUUGUUUUCAAUAGAAAUAAAAGCAACUAUAUUAAGAUUUUUUUAUAUAUUGGUCAGGUUUUUUGGCCUUAACUGAAUGCAAUACAGUGGACUCCCACUUAUUACUGAUUCAGUAUUUGCAGAUUUUCAGUGGGAUGCAACACCAACAUUUGGUGUUUAAACUAUUAAAAUACAGUUAGAGGAGGUUUGAUUUUGCACUCUAUCUUAAUUUCUAAAUGUGAGAUAUUCAUCGAUGCCUUAAUGGAAACAAGGAUGGAAAAUCAAACCUGUAAACAAACCAUUUUUUUAACAAUAGUCAUUAGAAUGCACAUUAAAAUGUGCUCAUCUCUCUUAUGAUUUUAUUUAAUUCAAUAUUAUUGCUGAAAGCUUUUUAUUACAUUCCACUUCCCUUCGUUUUCCACAGCUUUUAGAAACUGUUCCAGCUUUCUGCCUCCUGGGGGCGCUAGAGCCUGGAACUGUUUAAAGUCAGUUAAUUUCCUGAUCACUCUGGGAGUUUAUAAAACUGCUUAACUCAGCCGGGUGACGCAUAUGGUGGCAUAAUGAACAGCGACCAAUAGUUAUUUAGCUUCUGCAGCUCUCAGCAGAGUUUAUAGCGACUUUGUGACGUCUACUGUCACAGAUGGAGGAAUGGAUGGGAUGGCUAAAACAAGAUUCAGAUGAUGUCUCUAAAACAUGCUGGAUUUUCACCUAAUUAUCAGGUGACCAACUCAUGUCUGAACAGCUUUUAUUAAUGAGGGCCUUUUCUUCAUGUCUAUCCACUCAAAUGGUUAAAAACAAAAUAUUUAAUGUUUUUUUUAUGAUUCAUCCUUGUCACAUUAUCAUAUUUAUAAAUAACUCGUAUGUUUACGUAUUUUUAUUAUUUUUAACUUUGACCCUAUUGAUGAUGCACAGGUUUGUCAUAAACAUGGCUAAGGAAGAGAAACAUGCCAUUUUUAAGGUGGUACUUGGGAGUCAGUUCACUAUUUGCGAAAUAUUUUUAUAUAACUGUUUACAUUUUGUCUCAGCAGGUACAAUUUAACAAGGGGCACAUAUUGGUGAUUAUGUGGACUAUAUAAUAUGGAAUAUUUCACAUUUCCUUGGGAGUUUGGAAAAUAUCCUUUAGUUACAGAAUGACCAUCUCAGAUGUUGGAAUCCCAGACAAGCCCCCCAAAAAAUGACCAGCCAAAAAAGAUUUUAAAAAAGUGUGUUGCACUGGCAUAUGGGAUAAGUCAAAGCAGUCAGUGUGACUGCAGGCUUAUUACUGAGAUUAUGAGAGUCUAAAAAUUGUCACCAUUGCUUAUUGAUCAGGAGCAUCUCAGUAGUCUCAGUUCUAAAUGGUGAAAUUACUUGAAUUACAGCAUGUUGUAGAAACGCAUCAUCAGAACCUUAUUUUAUUCCUAUUCAUAAUGCAGUCGUUGGGAGUAAAGUGUGCAUAAAAUGCACCGAGUAUGUUAUAGCUAUGGAUUAGAUUACCAUAGAUGGUAGAUAUCAACUGUCCUAGGUUACAUUUAUUAUAUAAAAAAAUACUGUCUGAUCUAAUGCUUUGUACUGUUCCAAAUUCAUGUUUUAGAUAAAUUAAGUUUAGCACAAAUUGACAGGAAAACAUUAUCUAGUGUUUUUUGGGCUGUAAUAGAAACCAAAUCAGCUACAGUACCAUAUUAAGUGUUCUACCGUUUACCAGCCAAAAUGACUUCAUAUGACUGUAAAUGUGGUUUUUUUUUCUCUUUCUGUGAAUCCGUAGACUGUAAUGCACUAAUUAACAAAGAUGUAUGUAUGCUUCCAUGUUGGAAGUAGAGGUACUGAGAAGCACAAUUAAUGUUGGCAGGUUUGCACUGAACACUACAUUGUGAAACUUGAAAUGAUCUCCUGCUCCUUUGUCAUUUGUUGUUUAAGUACCUUAAAAAAUUUAGCUGCUUUUCGUUUUUGUUUAGUUUAUGACAAAUUGCACUGAAAAGCUGCUUUAAAAUACAUAAAUGAAGAUAAAUGUACAGUAAGUAGAAGUAAUUGUGUUUCUGCUUUGCUUCUUUUGUCACAGGUAAAUAUUUCAGAUAAUUAGACAAACAUAAUCUGAAGAAAAAUAAUGCCAGCUUUCAAAUGAGUCCAUUUUAGGGGGGAAUUAUCCAACCUAACAUGUGAAAAGUAUUCACCCUCUCACCUUAUGUCAUAAAUACUUUAUGAAAACAAAAACACAUUUUUGGGAAAGUUUUCUAAGCCAUGUCUUAUCUCCAUAAACAAUUCACGUGUGAAGGCCAUUAAUGCAGCUAAAUUCAGAUUGACCCAAAAUUCCAGCAGUAAAGAGUUGAACAACCAGUCGUCAUGAUUAGAGGUGAUUAUUUGUUCUACAGGCUCGGGUUAGUUCAUACCAUUCUUCUUUUUAAUAAAUAAAAUCCUCAUUUAAAUUCUGCUUUAUCUUUUUAUUCAGAUUAUCUGUGAACCUGAAGAUAGUUUAAUCUGAAAUAGGGGUGUACCGAUUGCCGAUCACCGAUCUUUAAAAAGCCUGCGUAGCAUCAAAGCUGUUAAAUUGCCAGCAGUGGAGCGAUUAUCGCUAACAAAGCGCGUGUAGACGUGACCUGGUGGGCGUGUCUGUCUCCUCCCUCAUGGGACAGUAGCUGAUUUUCAAACCUUUACUUACUUUGUCACGCAAAUAUCGGCCCAACGCGAUCUUAAAAUUGAGGAAAUCGAGGCCAGUUUUAUGGCCAGGCGAAUUAUCGGUGCACCCCUGAUCUGAAACAUUCAUGUCUGUCAAACAAAAAUGGCUCCAGUUUAUGAAGAGGCAACAUAAAAAAGUUCUUAUAGACAAAAACAUAUAAAAAUUUUUGUUUCACCGUUGCCAGGAGUUCGUAUGCGAUUAAGCAAAACGACCAAAUGAAUUUUGAUAUAAUCAGAGAAUAUAAUGCAUAUCCCAGAAUUCUUUGCUGUACCAGCUUAAUUACGGAGACUGUAGUUUCUGUUGUCUCGUCUGACAUAUGAAUGUACAACUAGACACUACUCCUUUAAUCUCUAGUCUCUAGAUUUAGAGAUGUCUAAUUGAGUUGCAGUAUUUGCCUUAUCAUUUAUUUCCAUGCCUAUUUAUUUUUCUUCUGUAAUCUUUUGAUGCUUUGAAUUAAAUGUUUCAGGCUCUUGCAAACUUGUCGAACAAACUUCACUGUUAACAUGAAAUUCGCUCUCUAUAUGCUGUAGGGCAAUUAUUUUAAUAUAUGCAAAAGACAACCAAAUGCUUUUUAUACAAUGUAAAAAUGUCAUUUUGUAAUAUGUCAUAUAUAUUGAAUAAAUUCUUUUUAUACAUGUG